GCACUGCGCACCCAGUCCCCGAAUUCCCUCGCGCACUUUAGCCCCAAAAACCACUCUCUUCAGUCUUCCCUCUGCAACUCUCCCUAAUCAGUUGUGGAGGCGGAGAAAGAGACAAAUAAUAUCAAAAAGAAAAAAAAAAAAAAAAAAAAAAAAUCAAAGCUUUUCAUAUAUUUGAGGGAGCGAGUGGUGCGUGCGCUUGUUUGUGUGUGCGUGCGUGCGUCAGAUUAUGGGAAGCACCUUUCUCUCUCCACCAGUGAAGCGUCACAACUCCACACUCUACGCAUCCGCCAACACCGCCACCAAGGCCUCCAUGCCCGACCCGACCACGACACCGGCAAACGGAUCCUCCAAGCGCUCCAAGCACCCGCCCCCUCCGCUCUCGGUCCCGGCCGGCCACGCGGCAUUCCGCCUCCUCUGCCACGCAUCCCGCAUCGGCGGCGUCAUCGGGAAGUCCGGCCACGUCAUCAAGACCCUCCAGCAGGCCACCGGAGCCAAGAUCCGGGUCGAGGAUGCACCGAACGAGUCCCCCGACAGGGUAAUCGUCGUCAUCGCCCCCAGCGCUCUAACCGCCAAGCUCGUCCUUAGGAACACCGCCAAUAGUACCCUCCUAGGAGAGGACGGCGAAGAGGAGCUCGGCGUUGAGGUUUCGAAGGCUCAGGAGGCGCUGGUGAAGGUAUUCGAGAGGAUUCUGGAGGUGGCGGCGGAGAGCGAUGGCGGGGAGGUCGGGGUUGGGGUGGUGUCGUGCCGCCUGCUGGCGGAGGUGGCGCAGGUGGGGUCAGUGAUCGGAAAGGGAGGGAAGGUCGUGGAGAAGAUAAGGAAAGAGAGCGGCUGCAAAGUUAGGGUUUUGUCCGACAAGUUGCCGGCCUGCGCACAACCUUCCGACGAGAUUGUCGAGAUAGAAGGGGAUGUUUUGGCUGUAAAGAAAGCACUUAUUGCCAUCUCCCGCCGUCUUCAAGAUUGUACAUCAGUUGAGAAGACGAGGAUUAUUGCAAGCAAACCCGUGGAAGCAGUUACCCGUGAGACUUUACCUGACUUCCGUUUAGAUCUUGUUACGCAAAGGAACUCGGGGCUACACACUAUGCCAAGCAGCUCAAUCAACUAUGCUUCAGGAGUUCAUGCGGUGUCAUUAGAGGUUGAUAGGGUUCCUUCUUUGGAAACAAAAACACUAGUGCAGGAAGUUAUUUUUAAGGUUCUUUGUUCCAAUGAUAGGGUUGGUGGUGUUAUUGGAAAGGGGGGUGCCAUUGUCAGGGCUCUUCAAACUGAUACAGGGGCUAGUAUAAGUGUUGGGGCUUCUAUAGCUAAUUGUGAUGAACGAGUAAUUACCAUUACUGCAUCAGAGGACCCUGAUUCACGAUUCUCGCCAACACAGAAGGCAGUUGUUCUUGUUUUCUCUAGGUCUAUAGAGGCAGGCAUUGAGAAGGGCCAAGAUUCGGGCUCAAAUAAGGGGUCGCCUGUUAUUGCAAGGCUUGUAGUCCCAUCAAAUCAAGUUGGUUGUUUGUUGGGAAAAGGAGGUGCAAUAGUUUCAGAGAUGCGAAAGGUUACAGGUGCUGCCAUACGAAUAAUUGGAGGUGAACAAGUCCCGAAGUGUGUGACAGAGAAUGAUCAGGUGGUGCAGAUUUCAGGGGAGUUUUCAAAUGUGCAAGAUGCGUUGUAUAAUGUAACUGGUAGACUGCGAGAUAACCUUUUCUCCAGCACGCAGAACAAUGUUGGAACAAGGAGCAGUUCCUCUGUAUUUACCGAUACCAGCCCUUAUGGAAGACUGAGAGAUCCUCCCCCUCUUGGAAGUCAUCCAUCAGUUGGUGUCUCUCAUAGUCUCAGUCGACAUGCUACUUUCACGCAAAGUACAGAUCCUUCAGUUGGUGUUUCUCAUAGUCUUGGUCGACAUGCUACUUUCACUCAAAGUACAGAUCCUUCAGUUGGUAUUUCUCAUAGUCUCAGUCGACAUACUAUAAGUCAAAGUAUGGAUAAUUUUGGGAUUCCCCAUGGUUUUGAUCGUCCUCCUUCACCAAGGUUAUGGGCAUCGCAGUCAGCAGUUGGAGUAAAUCCAAGAGGCAUCACUGAUAUUGGCAGAGGAAUGACUAAUCUUAAAGGUGGCUUAGAACUUGGCAGUGGAAGCAAAUCCGCUAUUGUGACAAAUACAACUGUUGAGAUCGUAGUUCCGGAUAAUGUUAUUGGCUCUGUAUAUGGGGAUAAUGGUAGCAAUCUGAAUCGUUUGAGACAGAUAUCGGGUGCCAAGGUCAUAGUGCAUGAACCUCUUUCCGGAUCAACCGACAGGAUUGUUGUCAUAUCGGGGACACCCGAUGAAACCCAGGCGGCGCAGUCUCUCCUCCAUGCAUUCAUUCUCACUGGAUCAUAACGCGAUGAGAUCAUAUUUAUCCAGUUUGUAGCUUGUGUUGGCUUUUUUCCUUCCUUUUUUUCGCCCCCUCAAAACGUGUACACUAAAGUAGGAAGAUUCAGCUCUUUUGUAUCCUGGCAUUUUGGCAACAGCAUUUUGGAUGUAAUUGUUUAACAUUAUGUUUUGUAGCGAGUCAUGAUUUUUGUUUCC